AGGUAGUUUUCAUGUGUACGCGUACGGAUAUAUUUUUCCGCUGUUUUCAUAUGGAAUUAUCUUCCGUCGCCACUUUUCUGUUAAAAUAAACAUUCAACUAGUUUAUUGGUAGUCAAAUGUUUUGAUUUCGGAUUUAGUGCGCUGUGUGUGCUGCCGUUGCAAUCAUCAUCAUCAGCGGAACAAUACUAACAGCAGAAGUUUCGCCGUCCAUCUUUGAAUCGUAGCCUGCUGCCUCGAGCGCUUGUUUCAUCGUACGUUCGCAUUCGUACGCCAUAAAGUGCUGAAGAAGGAUCUCUUCUCGGAGUGAAAGCGUAUUAAUCGUGUCUGUGCCGAGUAGUGGUGGUUAGGAGGAAAAUUUCCUUCAAUACUUUUCCCGUCGUAUGUGAUCGCGUUUAUCGCGAAAUUAUUUCAUCGUCUGCAGAAUCAUCACCAUCAGCCAGCCAGUUUGCAGACAUUGGAUACCUUCUGGAAGUUUUAUAUGUGCUAAAGGCAGCUCAAAUUACUCGAAGCCAAAAUGAGCUGUCCAAUGCCCGAGAUUGGCUCCUGCAUAUCGCUCAUUUCGAAAGCCGACAUCCGCUAUGAGGGACUGCUAUUUACCGUGGAUCCGGAUCGUUGCACGAUUGCUCUAGCGCGAGUGAAAUCGUAUGGCACGGAGGACCGCGAGACACAAUUUCCGAUUGCGCCGCAGAACCAAUGCUACGACUACAUCCUAUUCCGUGGUUCCGAUAUCAAGGACAUCCGGGUGAUCAACAACAACCCGGUGCCGAACGAUCCGGCCAUAAUGCAGAUGCAUUUACCACCAUCCGCACAGCUUCCGCCGAUGCAGAACAAAAUGGGUCAACCCGGAUUCCAGCCGCAGCAGGCCUUUAUGUUGCCCCAGAUGGGACCCAAUGCUCCAGGUCCGAUGGGUGGUCCCCCGCCAGGUCAUCAGCCGAUGGGCCAACCGUAUAGCUCCUUCGGUGGAUUGAACAAUAUCGGAGAAUCGAUUUUAGAUUUGAUGGGUAGUGGACCCGGUGGUACCGGUGGAUCCCGCUCGACGACGCCUAGCAAUUUGAUGUCGCGUAAGAGCCCAACCGUCGACAUGGGCGUGCAAACUAACCAACAUCAGCAAGGAGGUCCACAGCAGAACAAUAAUCGGGAUGUAAACCGUAAUAGCGGUGAUGGAUCUGGUUUUGAGCGCAACAAUCAGCGCAACCGAAAUAAUAGCCAAAGGAAUAACAACCAACGGGAGAGACGUGACUCAGGCAAGAAUGAUGGUCAAUUGAAAGAGAAUUUCAACAAGAAUAUACAGAGACAAGGAGGAGGUGUCAAUCAGAACCGUGGGUGGAACAAUAAUCGUGGCAAUAACCAGAAUAACGGCAAUAAUAUGCGUGGUCGUCCACGAGGUAGAGGAGGACCAGCACAGGGCACCAGCAACCAUUUUCGCCGAAAGAGUGCUACGUCUAGUGAUACCAAUAAUAAGAAACAGCCUAAUAACAGCAAUCCUAAUAACAAGAAGCCUAAUAAUCAAAAACAGGGCAGCGGCAACCGUGCGAAGAAUACUCUCAAGUUCGAAAAUGACUACGAUUUCGAGCAGGCCAACAGCAAGUUCGAGGAGCUGCGUUCCCAACUGUCCAAACUCAAGGUGGGCGAUGAAGUCAAGCCGGAACAGCUGACCAGCGAUGGUAUCGACAAGAAGGAUGAUUCUGGCAACGAAACCGGUGCCGGUGAACAGGAGCAGGAAGAAGAGGAUAUUUCGUGUUACGAUAAAACCAAGUCGUUCUUCGACAACAUUUCCUGUGAGGCGAUCGAGCGUGCCAAGGGCAAGCAGCAACGCACGGAUUGGCGACUGGAGCGCAAGUUGAACACGGAGACGUUCGGUGUUGGUUCGACUAGACGUGGAGGAUACAACAGACGUGGCGGAUAUUACAACCGUGGCCCGAAUAACUAUCGUGGCUAUAAUCAGUACCGUGGGGGUAACAACUACCGAGGACGUAGUGGUAAUCGUAACAACCAGUCCAACGGUAUUCCCCACAUUAACAACGGUCGCAACCAGCAACAACAACAACAGCAGCAACCAUCCCUAAACCAGCAGCAACAACCUGCUGUUAUAGAAGUGGCAGCGGGCAAAUAAUGCUACACAACACCAACUACAGAUGUACUUUUACUUUUAAAAAGCUGACCAGAGUUCCGUUAAGCUUACCAUCACAAGAAAGAUCAACCGAAACAAAACGAGCACAUGGUAUGGUCAUGGUCCCUGUGGUUGAGAUGUAAAUAGAAGUACACAAUGAAGUGAACGAAAAGAGAGAUUGAUUAUGAAGUCACCAGCGAACGCGCAUACAUUGUUGUCCUCUUAUAUCAGGGAAAGCUUAGCCACUUCACUACCCUCUCUAGCACCUCAUAUGAAGGAUCAUCGACAGCAGCCAUAAACCAACUAACUGAAUUGAGUGGACUUGAGAGAAAAUGUACAGAAUCGUUUGUUUCUACGAACAAAGAGUGAAAGUCACAAUAUUAAGUAGUACGAAUCGUUCUCCUCUUGCCAGAUCAGUAAAGGAGAGUGAUGACUGGAAUAAAUGCAAGACAAUCGGCCCGUCAACAGUUUGUAGCAAAUGGAACUGAAUAUGAGAAUAACAUCGAACGUGUGUGGAUGUCCCCACCAAAUGUCAAAUUUGCAAACAAAACAUCAGAGGCAACCUUGCGUGUAAAAAGGCAUUAUUAAAAUCGUUUUCUUUCCCUUCGAUUCAGCCAUACCGCUCGAUGGUGUGCAACGUGAAGUUUGGUUUUCUAUUGCUGGCAACAGAAAAUCUUCUAUUUUUUAAUGUAGUGGCAUAGAGGACAACCCAACGCUAGAGGAGAGGAACAAUGAUGUUGCGUACAGUAAUUAGAGAAUUCGAAAAAAAAUAGAAUUUCGCCGUUCGAUUUUUUUAUGAUGAAUGGAGAACUCGUAGUGAUCGAAACCAAACGCAGGAAUAACGGAAUUUGUAUUCGGAGUAGAAAGAAGUGAAGAUGAACGAGCAACUUAUCGUGGGAAAUUAAUACUGAUAAGCUAAGCUACAAUGCAAAGCUUCAAACUAAUAUAAGAUAUUCACUCACCUUACCGCGGAGGAAGUUAAAAAGAGUGAAGAUAACGAUGAAGAAAAUGAUGAAGAAUUUAUUUAGCGAUUGAUGGAAACAAUGAAAUGAGAUGGGAGAUGAAACAGAGAGUCUCAGCACGAAGCGAUCCGGAUUUAGAAAUUUGGUCGUACGUUCGGGGGAAGCAGCCGAAAUGAAACUUUCCUUUAAUCGUGCGUUAUAGAGUACCUAGGGAGCAAACGGUGCGUGAACAACUUCUCGCUAUUAACAAGUUCUCUUUUUCUGUAUUAUUUUUAAUUUAAUUUCCGUUUUUAAAUAUGAAAAUGCAUGUUUUCCUGGAAAAAGACAACUAUAUAUUGCUUGCUUCGAUUAAAAACAAAGCAAUAAGAUUUGAUUUAUGUUGAUGUUCUCAAUUUUUUUCUCGCGAAUCGCAAUAUUUAGUAUUUAUCCGGUGAGCUUUCAAAAUAGUGCAGAGCAGAAAAAAUGAAUGUUAUUUCAACAGGUAGGCCCGUAAUCUCGCAUAACAUUUCAUUGGAAAAGAUUGUAACAUGAAGGGAUAUGGAACAAGAUAUGUAACAAUUAAAAUUAUGAGAAUAAUAUUGAAUAAUUAUAUAUAUCAUAUUUGAUAGAAGAAAUAAUAGGGUGACAGUUAUUUCAGAAAAAGCUUCACACUUAUACAUCCAAAUCGGAAGAGAGAUGAAACUAUUCACACGCAUAAAUAUGAUAAUGCCCGCUCCCAAAUACAGUAAAUAUUAGCUAAAUGGUGUAAAUCGAAAAUAGGGAGUAAAGAGGCGAUAGACCUGAGGAGACUUUGAAUGAAACCACCCUUAUUAACUAUUAGUUCAUAUAUAUGGUAGAAAUUUGUGGAAUCUAAACUCACAGAUACAUACAAGGAAUAGAAGUACAAUUGUAAGCUGGCUAAAAUUCCCGAAUCGCCCCCACCAUAAAUGGGCUCCUAACUGCUGACGCGGGUGAUGUUCGGGAUGAUUCAAUGAAUAAUGGGAGUGUCAUAAUGCUAAGGAUCCAGUUAAUGGAAGAAGAUGGUCAAAUAUGUGGAUAAUGAUUUUUUUCUGAUUUAGGAAAAUACACAUUAUUUCAUUAUAUAAUAAAUUUAUAACGGAAGAUGGGAGAGACUUUUUACUAACAAGUUCCGUAUGGAUGAGGUGCCGUCGUGAUUGGGAAAGGAUUGAAUAGGAUAAUAUUAGUUUUCCAUGCUGAUGUGAAAGAAGAUCGAAUGAGAGAACGAAUAAGCUUAAACAUAUUGGAGAUCCUGAACGAUGGGGAAUGGCGAGAGGAUAACAGAACAAAGCUUAUUUUAUAACAAGCCCGACAUAUGGACAAAUAGUAACCCCGAGGGAAACAGAAGUAUAGAUCGGAUUCGUAUAUGUGUAAUAUAAACAAUGUUGCUGAGAGAAAAUACGAUAUGAUUUCCACAAUAUGCAGCGAAGCAAACGCGUCAUUAGAAGAACGAUAUAAUGAACAUGAAAACAAAGCCAAAUUCGGUCCAA